CUCCAUUCCAAACUCGAUUUCGAUGAUAAAAAUCACACUUCUGCAUCGACGGCAACAUCCAUAACCGCAAAGUCAGUCAGUCCUCCUCUCAUCACCUUUAGCGUUAACUCGGAGACUGUCAUCAGCAACGACGACGAUGACAGCAGGAAACACAAAGCUUUCGGCUCAAUCGCUAGAAGAGUCCGCUAAGAAAUCUAAGUGGUCGCCGGAAGAAGAUGCGCUGGUCAUUGAUUUACGAGGGAAGCAAAUGAAGUGGGACGAAAUCAGUAAGCGAUUGCCUGGACGGAGUCCCAUUAGUUGUCGAUUGCAUUAUCAGAACUAUCUCGAGCGGCCUGAAUGGGACGAGAAUAAGAAGAAUAAACUUGCUAGGAUGUACGAGAGACUCAAAGCAAAUAUGUGGGCCGAAAUUGCCCAGGAAAUGAACGUUCCAUGGCGAGCCGCAGAAGCCAUGCACUGGGAGCUGGGCGAGCAAGAAAUGGCUCGACGUGCAGGUCCCAUCGCGCUGCGUGCUAAGAGAAACAUGACACUGAGGUCCAAGCCACGCCAUCAUUCGCUGAAGAUCAAUCAUUGCGUCUCCUUAUCACCCUCACCUCGUACAACUAUACUUCAUCCACCGCCGCAGUCUUCAAUUCGGCAUCCAAAUCCUGCCCAAGGACAGCUUCGACUACCGUCUAUCGAGGAAUUGAUAGCCGGUGUUCCACUAUACGGUCCAUCCAAACCCUAUAUCCAAUGAACUACUAUUCCUAUUCAAGCAUUAUACUACCGUAGAGGGUAGA